CCCUUCUCCUUUCUUCAUCUUCUUGUUGUAAGUAAUGGCAAGACUCACUAGCUUUCUCUUUGUUCUUUCUCUUCUUUGCUUUCUCCCUCUUUGUCUCUGCCAUAAGAGCUAUGGAGGCAAACUCUCACCAGGCUUUUAUGCACAUUCAUGCCCACAAGCCGUGGAGAUCGUGAGAUCAGCUGUAGCUAAAGCUGUUGCUAGAGAGACCCGUAUGGCUGCUUCCUUGAUGAGACUUCAUUUCCACGACUGUUUCGUUCAGGGUUGUGAUGGCUCUUUGCUUCUAGACAGCAGUGGUAAGAUAGCGAGUGAGAAAAACUCAAACCCUAACAGAAAAUCAGCUCGUGGAUUUGAUGUUAUCGACCAGAUCAAAUCUCAACUUGAGAAAGAAUGCCCUGGAACUGUCUCUUGUGCUGAUGUUCUCACCCUAGCCGCUAGAGACUCCUCUGUUCUUACUGGUGGACCAAGCUGGAUGGUUCCAUUAGGAAGAAGAGAUUCAAGAAGUGCAAGCUUGAGUGGUUCUAACAACAACAUUCCCGCACCAAACAACACUUUUCAGACAAUUCUUACAAAGUUCAAACGUCAAGGACUUGAUGUCACUGACCUUGUUGCUCUCUCCGGGAGUCACACCAUUGGAUUCUCGAGAUGCACGAGUUUCAGACAGAGACUAUACAACCAGUCUGGAAACGGUCGUCCAGACAUGACACUGGAACAGUCUUUCGCUGCUAACUUGCGCCAAAGGUGUCCAAGAUCAGGAGGAGACCAGAAUCUCUCGGUCCUGGACAAGGUCAGUGCGGCUAGAUUUGACAACAGCUACUUCAAGAACUUGGUGGAGAACAUGGGGUUGUUGAACUCGGACCAGGUUCUGUUCAGCAGUAACGAGAAAUCAAGAGAGCUUGUAAAGAAGUAUGCAGAGGAUCAAGGAGAGUUUUUCGAGCAGUUUGUGGAGUCGAUGAUCAAGAUGGGAAACAUCUCUCCCUUGACGGGUUCGAGUGGAGAAAUCAGGAAGAAUUGCAGGAAGAUAAACUCUUGAGUUUGUGAUAUGAGGAAAUUGAAAUAAAUAUACAAAUAUUUUGUGGGGAAAGAAAUGUAUGAAUGGCAGUUUGGUUUGAUUUGUUUGGGAUAUGUUGUAUUUUCAAUUUUCCAUUUGAAUGUUUAUGUUGUGUUGUUUCUGCUUUCUGCUAAGAGUGAAAUGUACUCCAUAUUUUAAAAACAAAAUUGUUUC